CCAAUGUAUUUGGUGCUAUGAGUUCCAAUCCAGAGACCGUAUCUUACAGUUCCACUUAACUCCUUCAAAUAAUCCUUUUUUUUUCCCCUACCUACCAAUCAAUACCAAGAGGUUUCAAUGCAAGAGUCCUUAGUACUGUCCUCAAAACGGUUGUCUGGUUGUCACUUAUGAGCAACUUUUUCACAGUAUCCAAUGGAUUUGGGAAUGAUAUUUCAUGCUUGAAAUCAAUAAAGAAGUCCUUGGAAGACCCUUACAAUUACUUGGGCACUUCAUGGAAUUUCCACAACAAGAGUGAAGGCUUCAUCUGCAACUUUACUGGAAUAGAAUGCUGGAGGAAUGAAGAGAACAGGGUCUUAAAUAUCCGACUCUCAGGCAUGGGACUCAAGGGUGAGUUUCCUCGGGGUAUCAUAAACUGCUCCUCCUUAACGGGUUUAAAUCUUUCAAACAACAAUCUUUUUGGAACCAUACCUUCAAAUAUGUCCAGGCUGAUCGGUUUUGUUACAUCGUUGGAUCUUUCGGGCAACAGUUUCAGUGGUGAAAUUCCAAAGGAUAUUGCAAAUCUUAGUUAUCUCAAUUUGCUUAAACUCGAUAACAAUCGGCUCACUGGAAAAAUUCCACAUGAGCUUGGCCUGCUGCAUCGCAUCAAGUUUUUUAGUGUUGCUAACAAUCUCUUGUCGGGGCCGGUGCCAUUUUUUUUCGAUGUUACAACUCAGAGAUAUGCAAAUAAUAAAGGACUUUGUGGGGGUCCCUUGGAAAGCUGCAAGGCUCGUAAGAAUGAUGGUGUUGCUAUUUUCUUGGGUGGCUUCGUGGAAGGUUGGUCGGUUUCAACUGUUCUGGUUUUUGCUCUUUCUUUGUUUUGUUUGCCCAUUAAUAAUCCACUAUUAAAGGAGAUUGUGAGCAGCGGGAAGAAUAAAAGAACCCAAGAGAUUUCUAAAUUGGAGAAGUUGGUUACUAGAAUAAGUUUCACAGAACUCAUGAAUGUUACUGACAAUUUUGGAGAAGACAGCAUUAUCGGGUUUGGAAAGACAGGGACAAUGUAUAAGGCAGUUCUCCCAAAUGGUUGGUUCCUGGCCGUCAAGAGGUUCUACGAUUCACGCUACUCCGAGGGACAGUUUGUAGCCGAGGUACUGACUUUGGGUAGAUUGAGGCACACUAAUUUAGUACCUCUGAUUGGAUUCUGCUAUGAAAGAGAGGAUAGAGUUGACAGAUUAUUGAUUUACAAAUAUAUAUCAAAUGGUAACCUCUAUGAUUGGCUACACCAUCCAGAAUAUGACCUCAACAUCAUGAAAUGGCCUGUGAGGGUUAAAAUUUCUGUUGGGUUAGCAAGAGGAUUGGCAUGGCUUCACCACCACAACAAAAGAUUCCGGGUAUUCCAUCAUAACAUAAGCUCAAAAUGUAUACUACUAGAUCGGAAUUUUGAGCCGAAAAUCUCUAAUUUUGGGGAUGCAAUGUUUAUGAACCUGAUGAAUGGUGAAUUGUUGGAGCUGGGUUUUGAUAAGAAGGAUGUGUAUAGCUUUGGAGUUGUGCUUAUUGAGCUGGUUACAGGGAAGGAAACCAUCAAUGCUUCUGCAAAUUCUGAUAGAACCCCUUUUAGUCUGCGUGAUGCAGUUGACAAGUCUCUGAUCGGGCUAGGAUUCGAUGGUGAGAUCUUUGAGUUCCUUAGUAUUGCGUGUAAAUGUGUUCAGUCAUUGCCAGAGCAGAGGCCAACAAUGCUUCAAGUGUACCAAACAAUGAGGGCCACUGGGAAGAAACAUGGCAUUGUGGAUGAUUAUUAGAUGUCGAAGCAAACAUAAAUUGCUACUGCUAGUGUGUUGAACCAACUGGGCUAACUUAGGGAUUACCGUCCCUCUAAAGCAGCACUCUUUGAUAGCAUUGAAGAGGGUGACAUUCGAGUAUCUUCCUCUUACUCUCAAGAGAUUGAUGAGUGUAGCAAUGACAGUGCCAUAAACAGCCUGCAAGAUAGAGUCUUCUUUUUAAAGAGAUUAACGGGUGAUAUGCAGUGGAGAGCCAUAACCGUAUGCUGGACCGGAUGGGCAAUGAGAUGGAUGCAUCAAGGGGAAUCAUGUCUGGAACUACAGAUCGGUUCAAGAUGGUUUCUGGGAUAUUUCGUGUAUGGCUAAAGUUGAAUUUUGAAGCCAGUCUGAUGAACUCCAAUUAAACAAUAGAAUUUUAAUGCUGAACAGGAUUGCCAUUGACUGCUGGCGUUGGCAUGAGUUUGGUUAGGUGGACCUCAAUAGUGACUAUGGAAGGACUGCAAAUAUAUAGGAAUUGGUCUACUCUUUUAUUCCGCUGAUUUGUUUGUGGAAUCAGGAUCCUCUGCCGUGGAAGCUUGCAGUGAUUCCUGCGGUGGUAUUUUAAACGACGUCAUUUUAUUAAGAUUUUUUUUUUCCUUCAUCAUAACUCUCUUUUCCUUUCUCUCUCAUCCAUUACAACCUAAACUUGACAGACAAAACCAGAACAGAGGAAAUGAGAGAGAGAAGCUGAAGAAAUAGAGUCGGCAAGGCGAGUCGGCGGUGAGGCUAGGUGAGAGAGGAGGAGCUCACAUACCCUAGAUCGAGGGUUUUCAAAGAGAGAUCGGCGAAGAAAGCACAACACAGCCAUGGAAAGCUUCAUUGCCUACAACACAGAGCCAUAAACAUAGAUCUGCCACUUGUAUUGUUCCUAUUUAAUUUUAAUGAACCCAUUUGUUUUAAAAUUUUAGACUUUUAUGAUAAAAACUAUACAAAUCAAAUUUGGAGAUGAUUGUUUAACUGGGAAGCUUCUUCAUAUAUGAACAAUUAAAUUUAAGUUGUGGGCUUCUUGCCAACACUUUCUGCCCCUAUGUUCCUAUUAAUGUGUGAAUCUUCGUAUGUGUUGCCGGUGUAUCGCAUUGGUGAUGAAAAGAUGAAAAAUAGGGGCUCCAUUAACACAAAGGUUUGGGAUGGAGGUGGAGGUGGGUUGCAGCAGCGAGGUGGUGGGUAUAGGGAGGGAAGGGUUGGUAAAUGUUUUGGGAUGGCGAGCUCGCCGAAAAUGGAGUGACGGGGAGAUCUCCAGCGAUAUUUCUGUCCUUCUCUCAGUUUCUUCCUUCGCUUUCUUUCUCUAUUUUUUUUAUUUUUUUUUUGCCCCAAAACGACGGCGUUUUGGGGAACUGCAGGAACCAUGGUAGGAAACCAUGGCAGAAGAUCC